GCAUUUCUUUUGAAUCACAAAUUAUUAUUAUUACAUCAAGUAUUUCUUUUGUUUUAAUUAUUAAAAUGGUUCUCAUUUCUUGGUGGUAGUCAGAAAUGGUUUAUUUCUGUUUGAGGAUAGCCCCAUAGGCUUCGCUGCUGAGUAAAAUAUAUUGAGUAAAAUAAGAACCAAAGAUUUUCUGCUUUCGAGUAAUUCACGCCCGCACACCUCAAUAUUAAUUGUAUCGAAGAAUACUUUCUUCAUUUAAAAUACGAAAUUCCAGAGCAAGUAACAUCUUAAUAGUUGGUAACUAGUGAGACACUUUCUAGCGAAUAAUUUUUAAUGUAUUUUAACCUUUGCUCAAUUUAUGGGGAUUAGCGAAGAGCUCUGUCCAGCCUUUCUAAAUGUCUAUUUCUGUGAGGGUGGGACUGGGGGUGAUUGAUAUUGCAGAUGCGGAGUAACCAACAGUGUGUAACAGGUCAGCCUUACUGUAUGUUCAAAUCCAAAGAUGAUGGUAAUCCUGUAAGCGAAAUAUGUUACUUUCAGGCAAGUGCAGUAUGUUACUGAAAAGAUGAAGACCUUUUUGUCAAUUUUUGAAAGAUCUUAUUUUUUGAAAAUCUGAAGGUCUUUUCUGUCAAGUUUCAUGCUUGAAAGGUUUUACUUUUAAAAUGGAAAAUAGAAAGGUGAUAAAAAACGGAUUACUCUCGUUUCGUCUCAUAUUUGUUAAUCAGCUCUCGCUUCGUCCCGUCUCAUUUCGUCCCACACUUGUUUCGUCCCGGUUUCAUGGUGCAAUUGGCUUAGCACUGAUACCAUUAAAUAUUGUUGGUGAAACAUGGGCUAAUAUUAUGUCAGAAUAUACACCACAUGAUCCAACAGCCACAACAUUCAAUGAUUAUUUAACAGAUAUAUAUGUUGAUGAUGACGCUAUAUUUCCAUCAUUAUUUGGAAUGUUCAUGAUUUAA